AUGGCAGCGCCAAGCAACGCAGAGCAAACGCAGUUGCAAGAUAUGGAGGAGGAAGAUGCGGGGAUGGAGGAGAGAGGCAUGGAAUCGGACGAAGAAGAGGAGGAGGGCAUGGGAGUAGAAAAUUCAGACGACGAAGAGGAAGAUUCAUCGGAGGACGAGAAAGAAAAUGAAGCCGAAAUCCAGCGGCUGGAGGAGCAGCUUUCCAUCAAUGCUUUCGACUACAACUGCCACGUGGAUCUCAUCAAACUACUGAAGCAGGAGGGAGAACUUUUCCGUCUGAGAAAGGCACGGCAGAAGAUGAGUGAGCUUUUCCCUCUCACUGAAGAGAUCUGGCUAGACUGGCUCAAGGAUGAGAUCCGUCUGACUGAGGAGGAGCCAAACAGGGAGAAAGUAUAUGAGCUUUUCGAGAAGGCUAUAAAAGACUACAUAUGUCCAGAUAUCUGGCUUGAAUAUGCUCAGUAUUCAAUUGGUGGCAUGGGCUCACCAGGUGGGAUCGACAAGGUGAGGUCCAUCUUUGAGAGAGCCGUGACAGCUGUGGGGCUUCACAUGACCAAGGGACAGAUGGUGUGGGAGGCGUACAGAGAGUUUGAGAAUGCCAUUCUGUCCACAGUACAGCCUCCCCCUGGCAGGAUUCCCAGCCGUGAGGAGCAGGAGCUGCUGCAAACUCAGCUUGAGCGUAUCAAUACACUGUUUCGCCGCCAGCUGGCCGUCCCCUUAAUGGACAUGGAAGCCACCUACGCAGAGUAUGAGGAGUGGUCUGAACAUGGGGUGGCUGACACAGUCAAACAGCAGUACAAAAAGGCUUCGCAGCAGAUGGCGAAGUGCAAAUCCCUCGAAGAAUCACUGAUAGUAGCAGAACCUCCUAAACUGGCAGAGUACCAGUCCUACAUCGACUUUGAGCUGAAGGAGGGCGACCCACCACGGAUCCAGAUCAUCUUUGAGCGGACCCUGGCGGAGAACUGCCUGGUACCAGACAUGUGGGCAAAAUACACCACCUAUCUUGAUCGUCAGCUGAAGAUCAAAGACUUGGUUCUCUCCUGUCAUGAACGUGCCGUCAGGAACUGUCCCUGGACCAUGGGUCUGUGGAAGAGCUACCUGUUAGCUCUGGAGAGGCACGGAGCUGACCAUCACACUGUUUCAGAUGUUUUUGAAAAGGCGCUGAAUGCAGGUUUCAUUCAGGCGACGGAUUAUGUGGAAAUUUGGCAGGCGUACCUCGACUACCUGAGGAGACGUGUGGAUUUCAGCAAAGAGUCAAGUAAAGAGUUGGAGGAGCUACGAGGAGCCUUCUCUCGGUCUCUAGACUACAUGAAACAAGAUGUUGAAGAAAGAUUUGGUGAAAGUGGCGACCCCUCUUGUAUCAUAAUGCAGAUCUGGGCGAGGAUAGAGGCCCUCCACUGCAAGAACAUCCAAAAAGCCAGAGAACUGUGGGACACCAUCAUGACCAAAGGGAACGCUAAAUAUGCCAACAUGUGGCUGGAGUACUAUAACCUUGAAAGGUCUUAUGGAGACCCUGUUCACUGUCGGAAAGCUCUCCACAGAGCAGUUCAGUGUACCUCAGACUACCCCGAGCAUGUGAGUGAAGUCCUGCUCACAUUCGAGAGGGUGGAAGGUUCUCUGGAGGACUGGGAUGUGGCUGUGCAGAAAACAGAGACCCGGCUAAACAGGAUUAAUGAGCAACGGGCAAAGGUGGCUGAGAAAGAAGCCAACCUGGCUCGCCAAGAGGAGGAAAGAGCUGAUCAGCGGCGGAAGACCAAGGCAGACAAGAAGGCUCACAAGAAGGUUCAGAAGGGAAGUCGAGCUGGAGAAAAGAGGAAAGCAGAGCAAGACGAUUAUCACGAUGAAUGGAAUGAUGACUCGGAUCAAGCUCCUAAAAGGCACCGAGGAAACGGGGACCAAAACACAGAGGAGUACAUGGAGACCGAGACCGGACUCUUUGGGAGGCCUGCUCCCCCCGGCUAUAAGCCUCCUCCACCCGGCAAUAAAAGAGCACCACAGGGAGCCGCGGCCGACGCCCCGAGGCAGAACGACGACAAGCCGGAGCUUCGCAACGAUAACAGCAGCGUAUUCAUCAGCAACUUGGCAUACACGCUGGAGGAGCCAGAGGCAAAGCUCAGGACGCUGUUAGAGACCUGUGGUCCUAUCAAACAGAUCCGCCCUGUCUUCGGCAACAAAGGGACCUUCAAAGGCUACUGCUAUGUACAGUUCGAAGCCCCAGUGUCUGUCCCCGAAGCCCUGAAGCUGGACAGAAAAGAGGUGGAGGGAAGGCCCAUGUUUGUGUCACCUUGUGUAGACAAAAGCAAAAAUCCUGACUUUAAGGUGUUCAAGUACAACACAAACUUGGAGAGACACAAAAUCUUCAUCUCCGGGCUGCCGUUCUCGUGCACUAAAGAGCAACUGGAAGAAAUCUGCAAACCUCACGGAACCAUCAAAGAUAUUCGUCUGGUCACGUAUCGCUCAGGAAAACCCAAGGGUCUGGCGUACGUUGAGUUUGCAGAUGAAGCCCAGGCUUCUCAGGCAGUCCUGAAAAUGGACGGCAUGGACGUAGAGGACAAGAACAUCUCUGUUGCUAUAAGUAACCCUCCUCGCAGAAGUAUGAUGGAUAAACCCGGUUCCACAACGGACUUGAUGCCUCGCCAAGUCUUUGGAGCGAGAGGAAGAGGACGCACCCAGCUCUCAUUACUCCCCCGUUCCCUGCACCGACAAAGUGGGCCCGCGGGUAAAGUGGAGAACGGGACCGCGGCCGAGCAGGUGCCAGCAACAUCCAGCGCAGCAGCAGCGAACGCAGCCGGAGAGACGAAACCUUUGUCGAAUUCAGACUUUGCCAGGAUGCUUCUCAGUAAGUGAGAAGACGAGCGAGAGAACUAUGACCGCCUUCACACUGAAAGCCAUCUUGUGUCCUUACAAAUUAGUGUCGGUGGUUCUAUUUUUCUUUUCUUUUCUUCUGUAAUUGGUUACCCCGGCUCCCUUUAAUCUCAGUCUUGUUCUCAUCAUCCGUUCUGCGAGAUUUGCCUUAAUCGCCGAGCUCCUGCCCUCCAUCGGAAAACCUUUUCAACCAAGACUUUUCACCAGUGUGACAGAUUGAUUUCUUUUGGUUUGUUUGAAGGUGGCUGGCCAGCUAUUUUAUAAAAAAAAAUAAGAGAAAGAAAAGUGUAUCAUAUUUGUGUGUAAAUAUACUGUAUCUAAAAUUGUAUGCCUCA